AUGGCUGCGAGAACUCUUCUGAAGACAUAUCCAUGGACUACAUGGCCUCUAAUUGUCAGUGCACCAAUGCGCAUCAUGGCAGGACCUGAGCUUGCCCUUGCAGUGUCUUCUUCUGGUGGUUUGGGGUUCAUUGGCCCGGGAGCAAAGCCGCAAGACAUCCACAGCAUUCUUGAAAGAACGAGAGAACUUCUUACGUCUCCGGCCCUCCCGCGUCUUCGAGCAAGCGACAGCAAGACACUGCCCAUUGGCGUAGGUUUCCAGAUCUGGGAUGGCGAUUCUAAAAUCGCUGCCGCGGCUGUGAAAGACCAUCGCCCUUGCGCCGCGUGGCUUUUCGCGCCUCGCGAGGGACAGCAAGAAAUCGACGAGUGGAUGCAACAAAUCCGCAACGCGUCGCCGGGCACCCAAAUUUGGAUACAAGUUGGAACACUAGCCGAGGCCAUCGAUGCUUCAAAGAGCAAAGCUGCGCCUGACGUGUUGGUGAUACAAGGAGCGGAAGCUGGUGGGCAUGGCAGAGCAUCCGACGGUCUGGGUAUCAAUGUGCUUUUUCCCGAAGUUGCGGACGCGCUGAAAGGCUCGAAUAUCACUCUUGCCGCUGCCGGUGGAAUCGUGGAUGGUAGAGGAGUGGCGUCGGUGUUGGGACUGGGUGCUGCCGCGGCAGUCAUGGGAACGCGCUUUUUGGCAUCCAGUGAAGCCGAAAUCAGCAAGGGGUACCAGAACGAAAUUCUUAGAGCGUCGGAUGGAGCAAAAAGCACGACGAGGACCAUGCUUUACAACCAUCUCCGAGGAACGAUGGGUUGGCCAGAGCAGUUCAGUCCGCGCACGUUGAUCAACAAGAGCUUUGUGGAUCAUCAAGCCGGUGUGCCAUUCGAAGAACUGAAAAGAUUACAUGACGAAGCUCAGAAAUCCGGAGAUAGUGGAUGGGGACCUGAUGGUCGGCUUGCUACAUAUGUGGGAGCUGGUGUUGGUCUUGUUAAGAAUGUGGAUGGUGCAGGGAAUAUCGUUCGAGAGGUACAGGAAGAAGCCAAGGGCAUUUUCUGUUCGCUUUACAAAGCAUCUCUGUAG